GUGCGAUGCAGCUGCCGUGGAAAACAGCUUUGUCUGGCCAUCGGGGGAAGCGUCGCUGUUCUUGGGGCCUUCUUGGCCGUCUUUCUGUCCCUGUCGUCUUCGAAGACUCCUCUUCCUGACUGUCCACCGCCGGAAACUGGCAGGGUCAGCAUCGAACUGCACCCGGUAGCGCCAAGAGAAGGCAUGGAUCCAGAUCGGCAGGAUCAGCGCUGCUCGGACAAGCAGCCGAGCCUCUUCAGCAAGAUCCUUCUGGACGUCACACGCAUCUGCAACACGUCGCACCCGGCAGAUGAGAAGGAUUGCAGCAUCGUGUAUCACACUGCAUACAUGUACUUGGAUGCGGGACAUGAGAUCGAUGUGACACUGAAUGUCAGCGACCAGAAGCCAGGGACGGGACGCUGGGACUUUUUUCAAGUAACGGCCAUCCUUCAUCAGAAUGGCUGCAAUGCACAAUUGCAGCUGAGCAAGCACGAGGCUGCGGAUUGCUUAGAGGGCACCGCAUCUCAUCCCAAUUUCGAGGUCAGCGUCGACCCGUUGGGUCGCCAACCGGCGCACGCCACGACGCAGCUGACCUGCAUCAGCCGCUUAGUUCCCGAAUAG